CUCACUUCGAGAUCAGAUAUGCCUCAUACACUGCCCAAAUCCAGACUUCGCUUUGAGCACGUCCAAGUCUCUCCACCUGGUCAAAUCCCUGGUUUGCCCCCUCCGAGGCUCUCCAAAACUCGCACAAAGCCAGCAUGGUACAGCGGCCGUAGGAGUUAUGUCCGAGGUGACUUGCGGACACACUUUGAUCAGGAGUUGCAGCGGUUGAGCGGAGACCCAAAGGCCGGCAUGUUCUGGACCUUCGAAGACUACAUUGAGUCCGUGGUUCUCAAGCACGGCCACAAGCUUAUUGGCUGGCCAUGCGACAUACCCUUCGGGAACCUCAGCUAUGUCCACGGUGGAGUACAUGUUCUCACACGGCUUGACACUCUAUGGACGUCUGGUGCCUUGAAGUUUAUUCCAAUCACCGAAGAUGAGCGGAUUGCCGCCAGUGUUGAUCCGUAUCAGCUUGCCCCUGCCCCAAAGUGCGCUCAUCGGAAGUCCCAGGGGGGUAGAGAGGACAUUGGAUGUGCUCGCCCUCGCCCCAAGACAAACCCUUACAACCUCGCUCUCCGCCAUCCGAAGAACGGCCCCAAGACCCCAAAGUAUGUGCCGGCUGAGUGGGACGAGUAGCGCUUGGGCAGAGCGCACGGAAAGGCCCAGAGGUCGGCGGAAUGAGUCAUGUUUGGUUUCCGAUGUUUUACUCUACAAGCUAUUCCUAGACAAUUCCGCUUCUGACAAAUCGCUGCAAGCACCCCUGCAAGCGAGUCUGAUGUCCCUAUUCUAUUGCUAUCCC